AUGGCCAACCAACCUGCUCAAGCAGAACCGUUUCCUGCCUUCACCACGGAGAAUGGGGACUCGUACACGAGAGAAGAUGAAGAUGGGAGUAGAGACGGGAGCCGAAGGCCGUCGAUCACUUCGCGCCUGUCCCUUUCCACCCGCACGCGCACCUCUUCUUUGAUGCAAUCGUUUGUCGAGAGCAAUCCUCCCUUGGGCAUGUGGCAGGCCACAGGCGAGGUCGGGUCCAAGAUCCCCACGCUGCCCGAGAUCAGAAACGGCGCGUUUGCAGACGCAGGGUGGUCGCAUGAAGGACAGCUGGAGCGUCGAGGGACGAAUCCCCAUGAAAUCCACCGCCGACGGAUCGCACGCACCAGUUCGGCCAGCACCAGGACCAGGAAGAGCUCUCUGUCCGCAGUACCUGGCGCGCAACCUGUCAUUGUGGAGGAGCGACAUGAGUAUUUCCCGCGAAAGGCGUCGAUGCCGCUGCAGGAGCCUCUGGCCGAGGAGGCUGCGACCGUACAAGUCCAGGAUCAUACUAGUACGGGAGAAAUCCAGCCAGUACACCACCAUGACAUGGUUUUCAAAAGCACUCCCGAGAAACACUUAUACACGGCCGAGACGCAGGAGAGGGUCUCGUUCAUGUCUUCCUCGCAGCACGACGCCAAUGAAGCGCAAGUCGUUCACAUCCAGAACGGGCCCGACGACACUGGCACCUAUCCCAACGGCUACCGAUUUCCCAAGAAACACACCUGGACACAGUCCACCAUGAUCGGGCUGCGGGCGUUCUGGAAGUUCUUCCUCACGCCGUUCGGAUUCUUUGUGACUGUCUACGGCCUCAACGUCGUCGGCUGGGGAGCCAUGAUCUUCUUCGUCCUCCUCAAAGCCGCGCCGGCAAUGUGCCAUCCCAACUGCGAGGACGACAGCAGCGCGCGGCAGAAGUGGAUUGAAAUCGACUCGCAGGUCCUCACCGGCUUGUUCUGCGUGACGGCGUUUGGGCUUCUUCCGUGGCGGGCGCGGGAUCUCUACUACGUCGUGCGCUGGCGACUGGGCGGCAAUCAGCACUACCAUCGCCGGCUCGCGGGCAUCUAUCGAUCCUGGUACCGUCUGCCCGGCUCCGACCAGCUGCCCGAAGACAUGGGCCCGCCGCCCGUGUACAGCGAAAAGAAUCCUCGGACGCCCGAAUCUCCUCCCCCUUACAGCGAGGAAGAGAUGGCCAAGUUGGAAGAGAAUCCUGCCGUCCCUCUCCCGGCAACAUCCAUGCCCGAGGCCCCGUUGACCGGCAACAGAGCGCCGCCGACCAGAUCCUGGACGCUUGACUUCGUCGUGUGGAUGUACAUGCUCAAUACGGCGUUUCAGGUCUGUCUGUGCGUCUGGAUGUGGUAUUACAACCGGUUCGACCGUCCGUCAUGGGGAACGGGCGUGUUCAUCACAUUCGGCUGUCUCGUCGCCAUCUUCGCCGGCGUCUGCGUCUUUGUCGAGGGCUCCAGGGUCAAGAGGAUCGAGGGGAUCCCCGUGCACGAGUACGACGUGGUGGAGUCGGUGGACGACUUCCACGAACGGAAAGCCAAGGAGGACAAAAAGGACGCGAAGAAGUCGGCCAAACAAGACCGGCACCGCCCUCGGCCUCCUCCUCCUUUUGAUCAGGGCGAUGCUGGUCGCGGCGUCCGGUCGGAGAAGUUGAAGGGCCAUCAAUGGUUCACUCGACAUUAG